AUGGGUGCUCCCACAAGUUCCAUCAAUGUCAUUGGCAUUGGCAGUGCACAAGCAACCAGCACCAAAGGUCGACGUCGCCGUCGCGACAUUCAAUGCGAUAAAACGGAUCGUUCAGGUACUGCUAUCGUCUUUGACGUUGCAUUGGAUUAUCCAAAAAGUUUAUCAUGUCAGUCGAUAUCUUGUCAAAUCAAGGCAUUUACCAGUAUCCAUGAAAGCUUCAAUGCUGUAACCAACAUUAAUCUUCCGGCGGAUGAUGGAAGCAAUAUACCUAUUGAACUAUGCCAUGUUGAGUCUUAUCCCAACGGCAAUACUAAUAAUGACAAUAAUGCUAAUGGUAUUGUCAUCGAGCCGUGUACGGCCGUUUGUCAAAAUGGUGGUCAAUGCACAGGUUCUAAUACUUGCACAUGUGCUACAGGAUGGAGUGGUGACACGUGUACACUUGCUAUAUGCACAAGUGAUUGUCAGAAUGGUGGUACAUGUACAGCUCCUGAUACAUGUACAUGUACUAAUAAAUGGAGUGGUGACACGUGUACCACUGAACUCACAACGUCAUCAACAACAACAACGACGACGACAACCACAAAAACAACAACGAGAACAACCACGGGAACGACCACGAGGACAACCACAAAAACAACUACUAAAACAACAACAACUACAACAACAAAUAAAUCAGCGACCACAACAACUACAACAACAAAUAAAUCAACGACGACAACAACUACAACAACUACGACGACAACAACUACAACAACUACGACAACAACAACAACAACAACGACAACUACAACUACAACUACAACUACAACUACAACUACAACUACAACAACUACAACGACGACAACCACAACAACAGUAAAUCCAUGUAUAUCUGGCAGUUCACGUUGGAAUAUAUCUGGUACAACUGUAAUUAGUGGAGCACCAACAUAUAUAGCAGCAUCUGGUGUAUUUGUUGACUCACAUGAUAAUUUAUAUGCUGUGGAUGAGAACCGUAAUUAUGUUAUAUGGCAACUAUUGAAAAAUGCUAUAAAUGCAACAGUUAUAGCUGGAACUUAUCAAUCAUCAGGAUCGAGUAGUUCUCAAUUAAGUAAUCCUAAUGAUGUUUAUGUUGAUAAAUCUGGAAAUAUAUAUGUGGUUGAUACUAACAAUCAUCGAAUACAAAAAUUUAGUAGUGGAACAAACAUUGCUGUAACCAUAGCCGGUAUAAGCGGAUCAGCUGGAUCUGCAUUAAAUCAAUUCAAUCAACCACGAUAUUUUACUUUCGAUUCAACAGAGACAUAUUUGUAUGUCUGUGAUUAUAAUAAUCAACGAAUUUUACGUUUUUCAACAAAUUCAACUUCAGGUACUAAUGGAACUCUUGUUGCUGGUGGGACUGGACUUCACGAUGUAACUACAUCAUUGGACUAUCCAUGGGGUAUUCAUUAUCUACCAUCGAUAAGUAGUGAUCUGUUUAUAGCAAAUAACGGUGGACAAUCAGUUAUGCGUUGGACUCCUGGUGCUACAGCUGGCAUUUUCUCCAUUGGUACACCAGGGGUAUCAGGUUCUACUUCAACUCUUUUAAAUAGUCCUGCGGGAAUUAGAAUUGAUACCUAUAUGAAUGUUUAUAUCGCUGAUGGUGGUAACAAUAGAAUUCAAUUGUUUUGUGCCAAUAGUAAUGUUGGUGUUACAAUUGCUGGCAAUGGUACUUCGGGUAAUGGUGCAACACAAUUAAAUGGUCCACGAGGUAUUGCAUUUGAUUCAGCAAUGAAUCUAUAUGUGGGUGAUACAGGAAAUGGCCGCGUGCAAAAAUUUACGAAACUCUAA